AUGCUAUUCUUCUACUUUAUAGGUUGGGUCAUCUUCUCUCAAUCGAUUCUUAUGAGAAUGUUUACUUGCUGUAAGAAAAAAAGAAGACUAGACACCUACAGUAUUAAGUAAAAAAAUCAUUCUGGAUCGCCUUGGCUUAUACUCUCUGCUCACAGGGGUGGAUCUUUUGAAAGAGUUGAAAAUACUCUAACUGCAUUUAAAAAUGCUAUUGAAAACGGUAUGGAUCUCUUAGAAUGUGAUGUUUAAAUGACUAAAGACGGGGUAGUAGUAGUAGCUCACGACAAUGAUAUCUUAAGAUUAUGUGGAAUAAAGAAGAAUGUCAAUGAAUUUAACUAUGAUGAGCUACCACCUAUGCAGAGAAGAAUACCCUUACACUUCUCGGAGGGUGAAUACGUACUUUUACCAGAGGAAGAUGGCAAGUUCACUACUCUAAGAUAACUUUUUGAAAUUGCAAACUAUAAACUCAUCAGCAUUGAUUUAAAAGAUAAGAAUGAUGAAAUGAAGCAUAAGGUAAAUGAUCUUAUCAAAGAAUUCAAAAGAGAGCAUCUUACUAUAUGGGGAUCUAUGGUUCCAAAAGAACACAAUAAAAUUGGUAGAUUGAAUCCAAAUACCCCAUAAUUCUUUUCAGGAGGUCAAACUAUGAUGGUGUACCUGAUGUAUUACUUGGGAUUACUAUUCUUAUAUCCACUUCCCUCUGAUGCAUUUAUGGUCCCAAUAUUCAAUUCUGAAAAGGAGAAACUAUUUGCUUAAAUGGUCAAGAAAAGAAAAGGUGGCUGUCUGAUGAGAUUAGCUAUUGUAAUUCUAGGAGUGCUCCUAAGAAACUCUAAAAAUCUUUACAGACAUUUGAGAAAAAGAGGUGUGAUAGUAGUCGUGUGGGUUUUAAAUGAAGAGCAAGAGUUUAUUGAGGCUCUUGACUUCUUUCCAGAGAUUGAUGGAAUUAUGACAGAUUGUCCGACAAAGUUAUAUGAAUUUGCCUCGAGAUAAAAUUACAAACUAGAAUGA